AUGGUACAAGCUAAGUGGGAGGAUCAACAGAAGUGGGAGGAUCAACGGAAGUGGGAGGCUCAACAGAAGUGGGAGGCUCAACAGAAGUGGGAGGAUCAACGGAAGUGGGAGGAUCAACAGAAGUGGGAGGCUCAACAGAAGUGGGAGGCUCAACAGAAGUGGGAGGAUCAACAGAAGUGGGAGGCUCAACAGAAGUGGGAGGCUCAACAGAAGUGCGAGGAUCAACGGAAGUGGGAGGCUCAACAGAAGUGGGAGGCUCAACAGAAGUGGGAGGAUCAACAGAAGUGGGAGGAUCAACAAAAGUGGAAGAAUCAACAGAAGUGGGAGGAUCAACAGAAGUGGGAGGAUCAACAGAAGUGGGAGGAUCAACAGAAGUGGGAGGCUCAACAGAAGUGGGAGGCUCAACAGAAGUGGGAGGCUCAACAGAAGUGGGAGGCUCAACAGAAGUGGGAGGAUCAACAGAAGUGGGAGGAUCAACAGAAGUGGGAGGAUCAACAGAAGUGGGAGGCUCAACAGAAGUGGGAGUAUCAACAGAAGUGA